GAGUAGUCCUCCUGGGCCCAGUGCUUAGGCUUCUGGGAGUUGUAGUUUCCGGUCUGUAGGCAGGACGGAAGGAGCGGGGGAGGCCCCUUACGCAAACUACAAUUCCCGGCGGGGAGCGCGGUGAAGGGGGGUGGGAUCUGAACAUGGCGGCGGUGGUAGCUGCUACGGCGCUGAAGGGCCGGGGGGCAAGAAAUGCCCGCGUCCUCCGGGGGAUCCUCUCAGGAGCCACAGCUAACAAGGCUUCCCAGAACAGGACCAGGGCACUGCAGAGCCACAGCAAGGAGGAACCUGAGCCUCUAUCCCCUGAGCUGGAAUACAUUCCCAGAAAGAGGGGGAAGAACCCCAUGAAAGCUGUGGGAUUAGCCUGGGCCAUCGGCUUCCCCUGUGGUAUCCUCCUCUUCAUCCUCACCAAGCGGGAAGUGGACAAGGACCGUUUGAAGCAGAUGAAGGCUCGGCAGAACAUGCGGGCGUCCAACACGGGCGAGUAUGAGAGCCAGAGAUUCAGGGCCUCCUCCCAACAUGCCCAGUCCUCUGAAGUUGGGUCUGGCGUACAGGCCUGAGGAGCACUGCAGCCCUCUCCUAGACUAUUUUAACUGUGAAGUCUUCCAGUUGGCAGGUUCUGGUCCUUGCCUCUGAGGUCCACCAGAGGGCGUAUGAAACCCAAGCUGCUGCCAGCCCUUGCCCCUCCCAUACAGAGAAACCAGCCAAAGGCAAAUAAAGUUAUUGAGUGUU